AUGCUGGGUUACAUAUUCCUAUUAUUAAGUCAUGUAAUUUCCCAAGAGAUAGAACAUGCGAUUAUAUACGGGAGUACCGAAGGGUUAGGAUAUUAUUACGUUGAUAUAUGGGUAGGCACCCCUGCAGUCAAACAAACUGUUAUUGUUGAUACAGGAAGCAGGCUCACUGCGUUUCCUUGUGCAGGUUGCGAAAAUUGUGGCCAACACAUGGACUCUUAUUUCGAUUAUUCAAAAUCCAAGACCGCCUCUUUGGUUUCUUGUGAAGAAGCCGUGUGCUCUUCUUGCAAUGACCAAAAAUGCGGGUACUCUCUAAGUUAUGCUGAGGGAAGCUCUAUUUCUGGCUUCCUUAUUGAAGAUUUCGUGACCUUCGGCGACGACUUUGAGCAUUCCAAAGCCGUUCCUUUGAAAUUUGGCUGCCAUAAAAGAGAAACCAAUUUCUUUCGGACUCAAAAAGCUGAUGGAAUCAUGGGUUUGGCCUUCCCCAAGAGUAAAACCCCAUCUAUCGUAGAUAUGCUAUAUCGAAGCCGCGAUAUUUCUGCUGAUAUUUUUGCUAUUUGUUUUGGCAAGGAAGAUGGAUACAUGACAAUUGGAGGUUAUAACGCUUCCUUGCAUUUAACUCCUAUAAAAUGGGCUACUUUAUAUGAUGACGCACUUUAUUCAGUGUCAUUGAGAGGGGUUAUUGUAGGCGGGGUUGCAGUAAAUUUGAACUCCAAAGAAAACUCCAAGCCAAAUUCUAUUGUGGAUUCAGGGACAACUUACACAGUUUUUACAAGUUCUAUUUAUGAUCAGUUGUGGAGUACAAUAGAAGACAUUUGUGAAGGAGAAGAAUUUUGUGAUGGCGAGGAAAAACACAUUGCUGGGGAAGAUAAUGCUUGCUAUGUGUAUGAUCAUAAAAAAUAUCAGGAUAUUUAUGAUUUCUUUGAGACUUUUCCGAUAAUUACUCUGUUGAUUGACAAUAUCAACGUAGACUGGAUGCCUGAGUACUAUUUGUCAGCGUGGCCUGACCAUCCUAAUGUAUAUUGUAUAGGAAUUUAUAGUGGGGCUGAGAACAUUUUAGGAAGCAAUUUCAUGAGGGGGCAUGAUAUAGUGUUUGAUAGGAAAACUGACCAAAUUGGUUUUGCCGCAUCUGAUUGCAAUCCAAUUUAUGUUCAUGGGAAUUCUAGGACUAUCCAUGAAAAAUAUCCAAGCUCAAGGGUGAUUCAAACCUCUGAAUUUGCCUAUCAAUUUUCAAUAUUAACUGGGAUUUUCUCCAGUUUGUUUUUAUUGCUAGGUUAUUUUGGCUAUCGAAAGAUUGUGCAAUGAAAAAAUAGAAUCAACAAAGAGGAGCGGUCUGAAGAAAUGCCAGCAUAA